AUGGCUCCUAAGUUCGAGCAAGCGUUUAAACUAAGAGCUUUUUUGAGCAAAGAAGAUUUUCUCUCUCUUGGGCCAGUCAAGGGCGGCCCACACCGCUACAUUGCGACGGUUACUCAUGGGACAUUGGAGGGUUCUGGACUUAAAGCUCAUCUCAUCCACGGAGGUGGUGACUGGCUGCUCUUGGACACCUCAAGGGGAGUAGCUCAUCUCGAUAUCCGCGCUCAAGCUCGGUCGGAGGCAGGAGAGUAUUUCUAUCUGCACUACCCAGGUAUCUUGAAAGUGGAUGAAGCAACCCAUCUAGUCAUGCAAUGGAGUCCCGAGGCCAAAACUACUCGAUCAGAGGAUCACUAUUUUAUUACUACGCCAGUGUUCGAGACGAGCAGUCAGGAUUUCAAAUGGAUGGAGGAGAACGUAUUCGUUGGGCAUGGACAUUGGGUCAUUCCUGGUGAUGGUACACAAGCGGUCGAGUAUGAGAUAUACAAGGUGGUCUCUGCAUGA